AUGCGCAAUGCGGUUCGCGGCCUCCAGACCCUGAUGUCGACAGCAGGGAGCGAGCUGAGCGAGUAUGCCGGGGGUGAGGAGGAAGCGCGCAAUCUCGCAACCCAGUGGUGGCCCGCGAAAUGGGCAAUGAGCUUCCACGGUGGGCAUGAGGCAGGCCAACCCCCGCCAUCCAGUCCGUCCAGUCAGGCAGUGCCGUGGAGCAGCAGAGCAGGGGCCCAGGCCUGGGACCCUGCCAGCAACGGCAAGUGCCCUUGCCAUGCCAGGUGGCUUGACGACUCGGCCGUGCGUCGCGUGCCUGCCCUCACAAGCCUCCCUCGCGCCUUCCCAGGUCUGGAUCAAUCUGAAACGGCGCCAUCUGGUAGCCCCAUGGGGCCCACUUCUACACCCUCCGACCGAGAUCACCAUCAGCCCAAGGCUGGAUGGAGCUGCCCGCACGGCUACAGCACGAUUGUACUCGGAAGAUCAGCACCGCCGACAACACCAAUAACAACAACAACCAAAACAACAAUGUCAAAAUCAGCAGGCAACGCCGUCGCCAGCCCAUGCGAGUCUCACUCGAGCCCAAAUACCCGCCCCGCCUGCGACUUGGGAUGACGGGACAGGCGAGGUCUGCCAGCCCGCGGUCCACUUCCUUAGUGCAGCCACGCAACCGUUCCGCGAGACAA